GAGGUUCCUGGUGCCCCUCCAAGCGUAUUAAGGACACUCGGGCCUUUUAAUUUUAGGAAUGAAUGCUGAUACUUGUGUUUCUUAUUGUGAUCCGGCUGCCAUGGAUUCCUACUACAACGCAGCCUCCCAGGGCACAGAAGGCUCCUCGCCUUUUAGGGCAUUUCAAGCAAGUGACAAGUUCAGCCCUACUUUCCUGGCCAGCAAAGGACAAGGCUUUGGUGACAGCAGCACUAAGUGCCGGAGCCGCUACAGCCAGCAGGAAUGUCAGUCCCUGGAUGGCAGCGUGCAGGCUCCCGGCUCCGCCGGGGCUCCGGCCUCCUUUAACAAAUACCCGCAGCAGCAGCAGCAGCAGCCGCCGCACCUCUACAUGCAGCGAGGCCCCUGCAAAACCCCCCCGGAGAGCAACCUCAAGCUGCAAGAGAGCAGCGGCCACAACGGAGCUCUGCAGGUCUCCUGUUACGGUAAGGAGAGCAGUUUGGGAGAGGCCGACUUGCAGCCGAGCUCCGACCCUUCGGGAAUGGACAGCAGCUACCUCAGCGUGAAGGAGGCCGGGGUGAAAGUGCCCCAGGACAGGACCAGCACGGACCUCCCCAGCCCCAUGGACAAGGCCGACUCAGAGAGCAACAAGGGCAAAAAGCGGAGGAACCGCACCACCUUCACUAGUUACCAGCUGGAGGAGCUGGAGAAGGUCUUCCAGAAGACCCACUACCCAGACGUCUAUGCCAGGGAGCAGCUAGCCAUGAGGACAGACCUCACCGAGGCUCGUGUACAGGUGUGGUUUCAGAACCGGCGAGCGAAAUGGCGCAAGCGGGAGCGGUUCGGUCAGAUGCAGCAGGUCCGGACCCACUUCUCCACUGCCUACGAGCUGCCCCUGCUCACUCGUGCUGAGAACUACGCCCAGAUCCAGAACCCAUCCUGGAUCGGCAACAAUGGAGCUGCCUCCCCCGUGCCCGCCUGCGUCGUCCCCUGCGAGACGGUGCCCUCCUGCAUGUCCCCCCAUGCUCACCCCCACGGGGCCGGUGGCGUCUCUGAGUUCCUUGGCGUCUCCAGCCCCGGCAGCCACGUGGGACAGACUCACAUGGGCGGCCUCUUUGGCGCGGCGGGGAUGAGCCCCGGCCUCAACGGCUACGAGCUGAACAGCGAGCCGGACCGCAAGACCUCCAGCAUCGCUGCCCUGAGGAUGAAAGCGAAGGAGCACAGCGCCGCUAUCUCCUGGGCGACAUGA